CUCGCCUCCCGCCGGCUAGAGCUCAAGGCCAAGCAGCAGGGUCUACUCGCCCCCACCAGUCAUGGACCCUCGCCACCGCCUCGCCCUCACCGACACCUCGGACGACCGUCCCGGGCCCUGGCAGCCCGCGCCGAGCGUCGCCGCCAACAAGGUCGCGCGCUUCACCGGCACGACGCGCAAGUCCAAGUUUGAGCUCGAGCGCGAGGCCGAGCAACAGCGCGACAAGGCGGCGCGCGACGAUGCCGCGAGGGCGUACGACGAGUUCGUCGAGGCCUUUGGCGGCGACGACGAGGUUGGGCCGAGCAGGGGCGGCGCGAGGGCGCGCGUGGGCGGUGCGGGAGCAGGGAGGAGCAAGGGCAAGGGCUUUGUGCGCGCGGGCGGCGUCGAGAAGUACGACCCGCUCGCCGGGCGACCGCCGCAGCCUGAGCAGGCGGCGCCGGCACCUGCGCCUGCCGCGCCGACCCCGAGCGCGUCGAGGGCGGCACUGCAGCCGCAGGCGGCGGCGUUUGUGCCCAAGAACCAGCCGAGGGCGACGGCGGCGUCGCUCAUGGCCGACGAGGACGAGUCGCAGGCUCAAGCACCUGUCGUAUCGGUACGCAAGAAGCGCGCAGGCGACACGUUCCUCGAGCAGCUCAAGAGAGACCAGGCGGCAAGGGAGGAGCGUCUCAAGCAGACGGCGGGACGAGUCGGCUCGUCUAUCACGGCACUCGCAGCUCGCGAGCACGCGCCCGUCCUGACGGGCUCGUACGACGUCGGCGACCCGCUCACGACCAACCUGCACGUCGGCGGCCUGCCGACCAACGUCACCGAGCAGUCGUUCGGCAAGCUGUUCGCCCAGUUCGGACCCGUCGGGAGCGUCAAGAUCAUGUGGCCUCGUCUCGACUCGGGCCACCUCGCCGCGAUGGGCGGCCGCAAGCUCGGCGGCUUUGUCGCCUUCCUCCGCCGACCCGACGCCGAGCGCGCCGCCAAGGAGAUGGACGGCGCCGAGUGGGGCGACAACACGCUCAAGAUUGGCUGGGGCAAGGCGGUCCCGAUACCGGCCACGGCCAUCUACGAGCCCGACUACGACGCCCGAUCGUCGCACCGCGCCCGCUCGCGGUCCCUCAGCCCCGACCUCGACCCGCACGAGUUCCUGCGCGCCAAGGCCGCCGGGGGCCCGUCGUCGGCCUCGAAGCGCGCCCGCUCGCACUCUCGGUCGCCGCCUCGCACGCGUGCAUGGCCGCAGCUCGAGGAGGGUGUCGACGAGCCGUUCCUCGUCGCCGUCGCCAAGCGCGUGCGUGACAACGGCCGGCAGUUCGAGGAGGUGCUCAAGGACAAGGAGCGGGACAAUGCGCGGUUCGACUUCUUGCGGGACGACAAGCUCCCGAGCUACCACUACUUCCGCAUGCUCGUCGACCCGUCCUACGAGCCUCCUCUGGUGGCCAGCUUUGACGACGAGGGCAAGGCGUCCAUCUACUCGUCCGACUCGAGCGAGUACUCGGACGACGACCGGGUCGGCAAGGGCCACCUGAGCCCGCUCGCCGAGCGCCGCUUCACGAGCCUGCUGCGGGGCCUCACGAGCUCGAGGGACAAGAUCGCGAGGGGCAUGAGCUUUGCGCUCGAGCAUGCCGACAGCGCCGAUUACAUCGCCGACCUCCUCGUCUGCUCCCUCACGAUCGACUCGACGCCCGUCCCGCGCAAACUCGCCCGGCUCCACCUCGUGUCCGACAUCCUGCACAACAGCGCCGCGUCGGUCCCGAACGCGUGGACGUACCGGUCCAUCUUUGAGCGCAAGCUCCCCGCCGUGUUCGACCACCUCGGCGAUAUCUACUUGAGCUUCCCUGGACGGCUCAAGGCCGAGCAGUUCCGCGGCCUGAUCGAGAAGGUCCUCGACGUGUGGGCCAACGACUGGAUCGUGUUCGAGCCGUCCGUCAUCGACGACUUCAAGCGCCGACUCGCCGGUCUCGACGUCCUCCCUCCCUCCUCUGCGCUCGAGCCGUCGACCGACAGCGCGCCCUCAGCAGACGUCGACAUGCAUGGCGAGUCGGCCGUCGCGCCCAGCCAGGCACCUGCCCAAGCACCGGUCGCGGCCGACGCCCUCGCCGAGCCGUCCUCGCGCGCUUUCAAGCCGAGCUUCAAGGCCGCCUCGUUCGCUCCUGCCGCGCCUGAGCCCGAAUCUGAGGUCGACGCCGACGUCGACGGCGCGCCUGUCGAGCUCGGUGGCGGCGGCGGCGAGGACGACGUUGAUGGCGCGCCGGUCGAGCUCGAGCUGGACGGCGCGCCGCUCGAUCUUGACGGCGACGAGGUCGACGGGGCGCCUAUCGCGCUCGAUGACGACGUCGAUGGUGCGCCUGUCGCGGCGGCAGCAGAGGAGGACGUCGACGGCGCGCCGCUGCCGGUGGGGCGAGAGACCGAGACGGUCGUGCUCGACGGCGAGGGCGAAGAGGCGAUGGACAUGGGGAGCGAAGACGACAUCUUUCAGUAGCAGUCACCGAUCUUGCAAAGCGCAUUCUCGAGCGCUUUCCUUCUCU